CUGAGGAUCUCCUGCAGUGCCACAGGAACUCUUCUGUCCUGCCUUUCUUUGCAGCUGAACCUGCCGGUGAAGGUCCCACAUCCAGGACUGAGGCUCUGGGAGAUGGUGAGGGUGUGUCUGCAGGGAGGAGAUUCAUACGUCCUUUGGUGGUUAUUGCCAACAAGACCAGCCCCCAUGGCAGGGUUCCUCCAAAGAGGAAGAUGCAAGACACAACAGAGAAGAUAUCCCUGGAACCAUCCAAACAGACGAGGCAAGUGCUGAAGAAAAUGCUGCAGGGAGGACAAGAAAUGAAAGGAGAGCCUGUGCAGAUGGAAGCAUUUCCCGGAGGAAGCAGUGGUUCCGUGCCAGCCUCUGCUGAAGGAAGGGAGGCCAUGCCAGGCACAGGCACAGGAGAUGAGGUGUCUGGGAGGGCUUCUCCAUCAGCUUGGAUGAAUAAAGUUUUGAAGCCCUUGGAGCCUCCUGCAGAUGUGUCUACAGGGAAGACUUCUCCAGCUCCUACCUUGGAUGUUGCACUCAAGCCCAGCUCCCAUCACAGGAGUACUCCAACAGGGAAAAUCCAAGAUACAACAGAUAAGAUAUCCCUGGAACCAUCCAAACACAUGAGGCGAGAGCUUAAGGAACCCCUGCAGACAAGAGAAGAGAUGGACAUAGUGCUUCAGUGGAAGGUGGCAUUUCUUGAAGGAAGCACUCCAUCUUCGGUGCGAGCCCCUGUUGCAGGAAGGAAGGCGAUUCCAGACACGGGCACAGGCACAGCAGACUGGGAUGCUGGGAAGGAUUCUCCAUUAGCCUGGCGCUCUGAAGUUGUGAAGCACUCUGAGCAUUCUGCAGAUGUGUCUGCAGGGACGACCUCACCAACUCCUACCUUGGAUGCUGCACAAAAGCCCAGCUCCCAUCACAGGGGUCCUACGACAGGAGAGACCAAAGGCAUGGCAGGCAAGAAAUUCCAGGACCCAUUAGAAGUCAUGUGGCAAAUGCUGAAGGAAUGUCUGCAGAGAAGGCAAGAAAUGAAAGGAGAGCCUGUGCAGAAGGAAGCACUUCCAGGAGGAAGCAGUGGUUCUGUGCCAGCCUCUGCUGCAGGAAGGGAGGCCAUGCCAGGCACAGGCACAGGAGAUGAGGUUGCUGGGAAGGCUUCUCCAUCAGCUUGGAUGAAUAAAGUUUUGAAGCCCUUGGAGCCUCCUGCAGAUAUGUCUCCAGGGAGGACUUCUCCAGCUCCUACCUUGGAUGCUGCACCCAAGCCCAGCUCCUAUGACAGGGGUCCUCCACCAGAAGAGACCAAAGGCAUGGCAGACAAGAAAUUCCAGAACCCAUUUGAAUUCAUGUGGCAAAUGCUGAAGGAAAUGCUGCAGAGAAGACAAGAAGUGGAUUUUGAGCCUGUGCAGAAGGAAGCAUUUCCCGGAGGAAGCAGUGGUUCCGUGCCAGCCUCUGCUGAAGGAAGGGAGGCCUUGCCAGGCACAGGCACAGGAGCUGAACCUGCCGGUGAAGGCCCCACAUCCAAGACUGAGCCUCUGGGAGAUGCUGAGGGUGUGUCUGCAGGGAGGACUUCUCCAGCUCCAGGGCUGGAUGCUUGGCCCCAACCCAGCUCCCAUGGCAGGGGAAAGACCCAAGAUACUGCAGCCAAAAUGUCUCAUGAGUCAGAUGAAUUCCUGACACAAACACAGAAGGAAGCACCCGGAGGACAAGUGAUGGACCAAAAGGCUGUGCAGAAGGAGGAGCACCCAGGGAGAAGCAGUGGCUCAUUGGCAGCCCCUGCAGCAGAAAGGAAGGCGAUGCCAGACACGGGCACAGGCACAGCAGAUGCAGCCGGCACCACAAGACCUGUUCCCAAUGCCCAGGAUGGCCUUGGAAGGGAUUUCUGUCAGGGAACAGGCUGCUGGCUAGGGUUACUGGCCGGCGUGCUUUGUUUGGAGCUUGUUUUCAUGUUGUGCUGCUUUGGAAUCGGGUAUUCCUGGAACAGAAAACAGAGCACCUCGGGACAGGAGUUGGAAGACGGUGGCUGCACCUCACACCAGACAGCGUGAGCAGCUCCUCCAGCAGCAGGAACGGCCUGGACAGCCCUCUCAAGUCUUCUGUGAAGAGGACCCCAGAACAACCGUCUACGAGGAAGCCUCUUAUUGCCCCGUAGAUCCCACUGCCACCUGCUCUCCCCAUGGGCCUCCCCAAGCUGCCUUCAUCCCUUUUUUCUCUCCAUCUGUCCCAUCCCAGCCAACUCGAGUUCCUCUAGAGACCCCAGGACCAGCCCAGCACCUUCCAGCCCCUCCUGAGACCAACACAUCCCUUCCUCUGCCCCUGAGCCCCCUGGCCUUGCCCUCUAAGCAGCACUGAAGGUGACACCCCACCCU